UUUCCUUCCUCACUGCUAAGGGGCUGCUUCCCUAGAAUGGCGCGUACGAAGCAGACGGCGCGUAAGUCGACGGGCGGGAAGGCGCCCCGCAAGCAGCUGGCCACCAAGGCGGCCCGCAAGAGCGCGCCGGCCACGGGCGGCGUGAAGAAGCCGCACCGCUACCGGCCCGGCACGGUGGCGCUGCGCGAGAUCCGGCGCUACCAGAAGUCCACGGAGCUGCUGAUCCGCAAGCUGCCCUUCCAGCGCCUGGUGCGCGAGAUCGCGCAGGACUUCAAGACCGACCUGCGCUUCCAGAGCUCGGCCGUCAUGGCGCUGCAGGAGGCGAGCGAGGCCUACCUGGUGGGGCUCUUCGAGGACACCAACCUGUGCGCCAUCCACGCCAAGCGCGUCACCAUCAUGCCCAAGGACAUCCAGCUCGCCCGCCGCAUCCGCGGGGAGCGCGCCUGAGCUCCUGGCAGGAGAAUCUUUGACUACCGAAAACCCAAAGGCUCUUUUAAGA